GCUGGCCGAGCGCGCGGGGGGCCGGGAGGGGCUGAGGGUGAGUCCGGGGGCUCCCGGGCCGGCCUCGCGCAGGGGCUCCUACCGCGGCCUGCCCAGGGCCUCUCCCUUCCGCAGCCCCCCACCCCCACCCCCACAGGCCAGGCUCCCACUUCCCACCCAGAAGCCACCGUCCCGGCCGAGGGUGGGGGGCGGGGGGGCCUCCUGGGGGUGCUCCAGGGCAGACCAGGAAGCCCCAGAAGGGUCUGGAUUGGGGUUCUGAGGUGAAAGUCUGCAGGGACAAGUCUGGGGACCCUGUUGAUCCUGGAGACCAAUACUGAGGUGGGAGCAGCUCUGAGGGGUGCCUGGGGCUGGGCAGGGAGUGGUGAUCCUGGGGUAGCCUGGGGAUGCAGGCUCUGGAAAAGUAGGGCUGCCUAGCUCCGCACCCCUCCAUCUGUCAGGAUCUCAGUCAAGUUCUGCGGUGGAUUUUGGGGGUGCACAGACAGUCUGAGGAGUGAGGCCCCCCAGUCUCCCCACCCCUUCUCCAGGCCCCUGAAGCCAAGCCCUCCAUGGAGGAUGCCGGCGAGGACCCCACCAUAUUCACGGCCCCCUCUCUGCCCAGUGACCCUCGCCUCCUGGCCACAGUGACCAGCACGUAUCUGGGCACACGUGUGUACCAUGACGCCAUGCACGUAGUGCAGUCCGAACCCCCAGUCGUGGCUUCAGGUGGGGGAGUCACCACCCCAGCAACCCACCCCGACACCUCCCAACCUCACAGAAAAAGUAGCACAGAGAGGCCCAGCACUUCCCCACAGCCACACAGCUGUCCUCAGCCUGGAGUUCACUGCUCCUUCCUGCACACCCUGGAGGCGCCCGUCUUCCGGGCCUCCCAGCGCAUCUACGCCCACCGCACUCUGCCCCACGUCCUGGUCUGCAGCGUGACCGUCACCCGCCUGGCUGCAGGGUGCCAGCCUAUCAUGGUGCAGCUGCAGGUGGCAUUCUCCCCAGCAAGCCCAGACCUGGACCUGCAGCUCGGCCCUGACCUCCAGGGUGCCCGGCACUUGUUCGGCCGCACGCUCACUCCUGAACAGCCCGGGGGGCUGCAGCAGGAGGUGCACGUGCUGUGGACGCCGGUGCCCCCAGCCCUGACCCUUCCAGAGGACGAGGAGGACCAGACCUGGGAGUUCCUGACCGCUGUGGGCAGCAGCCAGGCAGAGGCCCAGGCCCGCCUUGCAGAGGCCCUGCAGCUGCAGGCCCGAGGAGCACUGUACACAGUCCACGCCCAAGCCUGGGCCCAGCUCUGGGCCAGCUGCGGUCUGGAGGUGGCAGGGCCUCUGCCCCUGCGCCAGGCCCUGCGCAGUGCCCUCUACUACCUGCUCAGUGCCCUGCCCCAGCCAGGUGCCCAGGGACAUGUAUCCCACGGCCUCAGCCCUGGCGGCCUAUCCAAUGGGAGUCGGGAUGAGUGCUACUGGGGCCACAUCUUCUGGGAUCAGGAUCUCUGGAUUUUCCCGAACAUCCUGAUGUUCCACCCAGAGGCCGCCAGAGCCAUCCUGGAGUACCGCAUCCGCACACUGGGCGGGGCCCUGGAGAAUGCCCGGAACCUGGGCUACCAGGGCGCCAAGUUCGCCUGGGAGAGCGCAGGCUCUGGUUUGGAAGUCUGUCCUGAGGACAUUUACGGGGUCCAGGAGAUCCACGUCACUGGGGCUGUGGUUCUGGCAUUUGAGCUGUACUACCACACCACGCAGGACCUGCAGCUCUUCCAGGAGGCUGGCGGCUGGGAUCUGGUCAGUGCUGUGGCCGAGUUCUGGUGCAGCCGUGUGGAGUGGAGUCCCGAGGAGCAGAACUAUCACCUGAGAGGAGUCAUGCCCCCUGACGAGUACCACUCCGGGGUCAACAACUCUGUGUACACCAACGUCCUGGUCCGGAACAGCCUGCGCUUUGCCGCGGCCCUGGCCCAGGACCUGGGUCUGCCCAUCCCCAGCCAGUGGCUGGCGGUGGCUGAGAAGAUCAAGGUGCCCUUCGAUGCGAAGCAGAACUUCCACCCUGAGUUUGACGGGUAUGAGCUCGGAGAGGCGGUGAAGCAGGCGGACGUCAUCCUCCUGGGCUACCCGGUGCGCUUCCCGCUCAGCCCCGACGUCCGGAGGAAGAACCUGGAGGUUUACGAGGCGGUGACGUCCCCCCAGGGCCCCGCCAUGACCUGGGUGAGGAGGCUGGAGGGGCCGUGGGUUCCGCCAGGCCUGGCUCUGCCCUUCCCCGUCCCCCCGGCCUCAGCCAGUGUGCUCUUUGAUCUCGGACCUCAGAGCAUGUUCGCUGUGGGCUGGAUGGAGCUGAAGGACCCGCAGCGGGCCUGGGGCCUCCUGCAGAGGAGCUUCGCCAACGUCUCGGAGCCCUUCAAGGUGUGGACGGAGAACGCCGACGGGUCGGGCGCGGUGAACUUCCUGACGGGCAUGGGGGGCUUCCUGCAGGCAGCCCUCUUCGGGCUCACGGGGUUCAGGAUCACCAGGAGGGGUAUGACCUUUGACCCCAUGUGCCCGGCGGGCGUCUCCGCGGUGCGCGCCUGGGGCGUCUCCUACCUGGGGAACACGCUCAACUUCUGCUUCUCGGAGGACUCCGUGACGGUCGAGGUCACGGCCCGGGCAGGGCCCCGGGUGCCCCCGCUGGAGGCCACGCUGCAGCCGUCACAGGCUCGGCUCCCCCUGCCCCUGGGACACAAGGUCUCCUUUCCCCUCUCCACCGGCCGGAUACAGAGGGCGCCCCUGUAGCGCCUCGCGGAGGGGACUGGGAGUUCGGGGUCCGAGGACAUUAGACAUCUGCCCCAGAACUCGGGACCCGUCCUCCAGGCACCCUGGGGCCCAGGCAGCACCCCAAGUCCCUCAUGGUGCUGCCCCUCUGCAGCGUCCUGUCUGACUGGCCCCCCGCGGUGCCUCCUGGCCUGCCGCUUGCCUGAGCCCCCCGUGCUCCCGCUGUGGGGAAGUCCACUGUUCAAGGGGGUCUGCCUCUGGCCCAAGCCCGCUGCUGCCCGGAGCCCCCCACCUCGUCAUCUGGCCUCCCCACUCUGGCCCCCACCCUCGGCUGAGUCUUCCUCUCCAGCUGGCCCUCGGCCUGCUGCUCGCCACCUCCUGCAGGACCCUCCCGGAGACCCUGCAGCCCCUUCCGCAAGGGGAUGCCUUCGCUCCACCCUCAUUUGCCUGCAGCUCUUGUGCCAACUUGUCUGGGCCCCCGGGGCUCAGGCCAGACGGAGAGCGGAGAAGAGCUGCCAGCCCCACGCGACAUGGGGGCAGGAGGGGAGCCCUCGGGGGCUGCUGGGAUAACUCAGGACUCUCAGGGGCAAAAGGCUUCACUGUAAAGGAGCGUCUGCGUCCUGGACUGGGACCCGGCCACCUCACACACGUGCCAGGUGGGGCAGGGCAGCCUUCGCAUUGCCAGAAGACGGGGUACAGACCCGCACCUCGCUGCGACCAGCCGGGAGGGCUGCAGCCAAAUGUGCUGCCGUGCGAGGCCACAGCGACCUCCAACCCAGGCCCUGCGGGUCACCCGUCGGCCCUGGGGCCCUGGACCUGCCUCCUCUCAGGGCCCUGCACCUCCUAUUUCACAUCAGAUUUGGUCCUUGGCUGUUACUCGGGAAUGAGGUGAGGGGGCAUCUCUGCCAAAAGCCUGGGGAAGACGUGGUACCUGGACCAGCUCUGCCUGAGAAAGUCCAAGUUCCGCAGCAGGAAAAGCAUCUUUCCCUUCAGGAGCUGGUUGCCUCCCUGCUGUUGGAUCAGGCUGGUGAGGGCAGCCCCUGCCUUUUUGUUAAGACACCCCCAGUUUAACGGAGAACCCCACAUGGGCCCAGGGCGAUGAGUGGCUACCAGGGAGCGCCCCUUCACCAGCAGCCCCUCCCAGAGCCGACCGCGGAGCGGCCUCGCCCGGCCCACCUUGAUGGAGUGGACCAGCGCCAGGAAGCCGAGGCAGCAGAGGUUGAGGUAAAGAGUGCUGAAGACAGACCAGAUCAAGUGGUCGCGGGGUGGGGGGCGCGGGGCUCCCGGCGUGAGGACCGUGUGGGCGGCGCCGUCGGCUUUACGGGGCGUCGGGGUCCCGGGGUCCUCGCGGGGGUACGACGUGUCCAUGGGUUCCAGCGCCGCGUCCUUCAGGCUGCCCCGCUUGGAGGGCGGGCGCCCGGGGCCCCUCUUAUAGCCCCCGCCGCCUACCCGCAGGACCCGGCCCAGCGCCGCCCGCUAAAUAUAACGGCAAAUUACAGCCUGGAGCCCGCGGUGGUGCAGCCCCGCCCCAGGGAGCUCCCCAAAGACUGCUGGGGGGAGGGGGGGCAUGCAGUGGCAGCAGACCUCCCACCAGAGCCCCUCCCGCUGCGUGCUCCAGUGCCCUCUCCCACCCGGGGAGCGCCCCCCAACAAGGCUCCUGAGGGGGAGAGGGGAGGGGGCGAGGGAGCCCUCCGCCCGCGGCUGCCGCAGCGGUGCCCUUCCAGCUUCUGGAGGGACCCUCCCGGGCCCUGGGGUCCAGGCGCAGGGCUCGGUCACCGCGCCCUUGCCCAGGGACUCCAGCUCCGACCCAUCGCCUGCUGGUCACCAGUGCUGGCCUGGAGUGUUCCCGCUGACACCUAAAGCCACUCAGCGUCUCUGAGGGUCGAGUUUCCUCUUCUGUGCAAUGGGCAUAACACCCCCCCUUGCAGUCCACUCAUCCAUUCCCUGCACCCGACUCAGCGCCCACUCCCACUCGCGCCCCUGCCUGCCCGGAAAAGGGGGCGUGGAGUGCGCGGAUGGUGACGCCCCAGGGAGAGGCCGGAGCGCAGGGGAAGGCAGCGCGUGCGGCAUUCUGGGUGGGUCAGCGAGGGGCCCGAGGAGGCGUCAUCUGGGCCCGGACCUGAAGACCUAGAGGCUGAGGUUUCAAGUGCGGCCCGUUGCUUGCUGUUCACGUUGUGUCGGGCCCUGCAUGGCCUUUGUCUCCUGGCCGUCCUGGAGACACUUCCCCGGCCUCCCAGGACCGUCUCCUGGUCCACCCUGCCCAGGCUCCUCGGCUCCUGCUCCCCCUGAUGUGUGGGUGCUUCUUCUGCAAAGGCCAGCCACACAUUAAUGGCUCAACUCGGACUUCUCUCCCAAAGGCCAGACUCACAGGUCUGACGGCCGUACUGGAUCUCACACAGGCAUCUCAAACCCAACUCCUCAAAAAGAAGACUCCCCAGUCUCCCCCAGACCUCCUCUGCCAGGGCACAGCCUUGGCUGGCACCCUCCUGCCUGGGUGGGCAGGCCGUCUGUCCUCACUCUUGGAAGGGGCUCAAGAAGAGUCUAGGGCCUAUGGCCUGGGGUUGGGGAGCAGAUGGAUGAGGUCUGCACCCCAGUUUUCAGGCAGUGUAGCCAGCACCCUGUGCUCGGGGAGGGUGAGGCCUAGGCCCUGGUUUGGCAGAAAGCAUGGUUGCUCCCAGGACUUUGAAGAGGGGGUGCUGCUGCUCCGUCAGGCCCAGAAGACAAACUGUCAACCCUCAGAUGAGUCUCAGACCUGGAGUCUGAUGGCGUUUGCCGGGCCAGGGGCUCACGCCCCCAGAUUUCAGUUUCUUCCUUCUGUAGGAAUGUCUAUCCUAUGCCCGCCCCACCAGUGCCUCUUGGAAGCAGGUAACUUGCUUUUUAGGUUUCUCAGGUCCACAGACAGAGGAGAACUGUGCCCCAGGACAGACCACACCCAUGGCUGAUUUUGAUGAGACUUGGUACUUAGAGUUGCUGCUGAAAUGGCUGAAUGCUUUUGGGAUGUUGGGACGGGGUGAACGUAUUGCAUGUGGGAAGAACCUGUCUUUUUGAGGUCCAGAGGGCAGACCGUGGUAGAUUGAGUUGUGCACCCCUCAGAAGGCAUGUUCUUAAACUUAAUCCACAUUCCUGUGGAUGGGGACCCUUCGGUAAAUACGCCCCUUUGAAGAUGUCAUUGUUGGUCAAGAUGUGGUCCCAACCUGUGGUGGCCUUACAAAGAGGAGCUGGAAGCUGCAAGUUGGGGAAAGUGGAAGAGAAGACACAAGGAGAAACACAGCCGUGUGGCAGAGGCAGGGACACAAGCCAAGGAGCCGCAAGGAGGGUGGCAAGCCAGCCCUAGAAGGCUGCAGCUCCGGGGAGGAAACACUGCCUUGCCAGGGCCUUGACUUGGGACUUCAGCCCCUAAAACUGUGUCCUGUGGCCUCUGUCACAGCAGCCUGGCAGUCAAAGACAUAGUUGCCAUAUAUUCUUGUUGGAAUGAAUGUUUUGUCGAUAUUAAAUGCCCUUCUUUGUCUCUUGUAACCUUUUCUGAUUUAAAGUCGAUUUUGUCUUGAGUAUUAGAGCAGCCUCCAUUCUAUUUUGGUUAUUGUUUGAAUGGAAUAUCUUUUUUGGUCUUCUUACUUUCAACUUCUUUGUGUCUUUAAAUCUAAAUGGAAUCUCUUGUAGAUAACAUGUAUUUGGAUUCUAUUUUUUAAUCCAAGCUGCCAAUCUCUGGCUUUUAAUAAAAUUAACUCAUGUAUUUAGUGUGAUCACUGAAGCAGAAUGAUUUACUUCUGCCAUUUAGCUAUUUGUUUUCUGUAUGUCAUAUAUUUUCUUGUGCUCAAUUCAUCCAUUACUGCCUGUAUUAGUUAGGGUUCUCUAUGGAAACAGAAUCAAUGAGAGGUGUCUCUGACUAUCAAAUUGUAAAACUGAUUCACGGAACUGUGGGUAUGCACGAGUCCAAAUUCUGUAGAGCAGUCAGCA